AUGUAGCCACAACAAUUUUUAGAUUUAGUGUAAUGUGCCUUCUUUGACAGCAACAAUUAGCGCGGAUAAGCUGAACAAGUACUUCUAAAGUAUAAAGAUGAAUACACAGAUGAAUUUCUGAUGUAUUGUACAUCUGCAUUUGCAAAUCGGUCAAUUUAGAAUCGUUUACGUAUUGCUUGCAGUACUUUAGUGAAACGAUUAGUUGGAUUAGUUGUAAGUUUAUAUGUUUAAUAAAUAUAAGCAUCCAACAAACCAAAUCAUGUGGUUAGCCUGUUCUUAAUAAACUAAAAAUGAAGUAAAAAUUAAGUUCAUGGAUUAAUUAAUAGAUCCUGAAAAUGAAAUUAGAAGAUCAGCAGCCAAUGUAAAUAAAUAAUUUUUAUAAACUAGACUAUAAGUGAGAUUUGUGCUAUUGAAUUACCACGAUAAGAAUGGCCUGAUCUUAUUUCAAGAUUAACAACUAAUUCUAAACACAGUAACGUUUUAGUUAAGGUUUCUGCUAUUAUGACUUUGGGAUAUAUUUGUGAAUCAUUGGUAAUUUGUAUUUAUAUAUAUAUAUAUAGAAAAAUAAUUAAUCUUCGGGAAUAUCAGAGCAGGAUGCAAAAGUUAUUUUAAUGGGAAUUUGUGUUGGUAUGGAUACAAAUGAGUAGAAUCUUGAAAUAAGAACCACGGCUAUUAAGGCUUUAUAAGAUUCCCUUUAUUUUAUGAAUAAUUUAUUUGCUUAAUAAGUAAAUUUAAAGUAUUCUAUUUUAAGGAAAUAUUUACUUAUGUUAAAAAUUUAAUUUUAUAAAAUGCAAUGUCAAAAAUAUAAGAAAUUAAACAUAAAUCACUUUAAUGUUUAAUUGAUUAUGUGAAAUAGUUAUUUGCAUUUUUACCUGCAUUCAUUUAAGAUUUAUAUUAGACUACAUAAAGUGCUUUUGAAAAUUAAGGAGAAAUCACAAUUGCCGCAAUUGAAAUUUGGAAUACUAUUUGUGCUGAAAUGAAAGAAAUAAUUUCAGAAAAUUCUAAUCAAUAAACACCUGAAAUAAAUUCAGCUAAUUGUUGUAUUUAAUUUUUUAAGAAAAAUUAUGAAGGAUUUAUAAUUCCAUUUAUGCGUAAUCUAUUAUUAGAUGAUGCAGAUACAGAUGAUGAAUAUCAAGGAUUAUCUGUUCCAAAUUCUUCAUCUAAAGGUUUAGCAUAUAUUAUUGAAUAUGCUGGUUCUAAUACAUAUGAUACAAUUAAAAAUUUUAUUUAAAAUACUAUGACACAUCAAUAAUGGGAAUAUAGAAAAGCAAGUGUGAUGGCUUUUGGGGCUUUAGCUGAAGUUUAAACAGAAGAAAUUGGACUUUUAAUUAAAUCUGCUUUAACUAGUUUAUUUGGUUGUCUUGUUGAUUAAAACUUUAAAGUUAAAAAAGCAACUACAUAAACUUUAAGUAGAAUUGCUGAAAAUUAUCCUUAGUGUUUUCAUGAACAUGAUUAAGCUACUCAAAUGUUUUCAACUCUUUUAGAUUAGUUAUCUAAUAAAAUUUCGAUAGUACAAAAUUUAGUUUGGGUUUUUGUUUAUUUAACUGAAGGAUUAACUAAUUUUUAAUAUAGUGUAUAUACAAGAGAGAAAUUUACUAUUCUUUAACAUUUGGCUAGUACAUCAGUUAGACCAGAUAUCUAAAAUUCAGAAAUUUCAGUUAUUGAUACUGCAUUCAUGGCAAUCUUAAAUAUUAUCUAUAGUGUAACUGAAACUAAAUUAUGUAAUGAUUAUUUGUUACAAUUUUAUCAAUAAAUUUAACUUUUAGAAAGUAAUAAUUAAGUACCUAAUGAAAUUAAGUAUCAUCUUGAAAUGGGAUUAAUGAGUGCAAUGCAUGGAUGUGUUGUAAGAUUAGAUGAUUCUACAAUUGCUGAAAAACUAUUUGAAGACAUUAUGAAAACUCUAUCAAAAGUUGAUCCUAGAGUUAAGAACGAUUAUUUUUAUGUUCUAUCUGGGAUUGCUUACGCUUUUAAAAGGAAAUUAUCAUAAUAUUCAAGUUAAAUUAUAUCAGAAUUAAAUAAACCCCUUUCAGAACCAGAUGAUAUGGAAAGUUUCAAAACUGCACUUUUCUGUUUAUCUGAUAUUGCUAGAGCUAUGGAAGAAGAAUUCGUACCUUAUAUGAAUAUAUUAAAUUAUUUCUUUGGAUUAAUUAAGGUAUUUAAAAAUUAUAUCAUUUUUGUUAGAAUGUUAGUUUUAAUAGGGAAUUAAAAAUAUAGGUUUACAAUGCGAUUGCAGAUAUCAUUUUAGGUUUAAAAGAUAAAUCAGUUCCCUUCAUGAUAGAUCUUAAAGAAAUUCUUAGAUUAGGUUUUGCAGCUAGUAUUGAUUUAACCAAAAGCAAAAUAAGUGUUGAUUAAGAUUAUGCUGAAAGAUUAAAAGAAACUAUGACUGCAUUCUAUACCUGUAUGUUACAUGCUUAUUGCGAUCCUAAAACUCCAAUUUAUGAAUUAGGAGACACUGUUUAGUGGUUUAUCAUAUUUUGUUAAGAAAUGUGUAACUUAAAAUUAAAACCUACUAUUGUAUUUAAUUAAUAUCAUUCUAGGAAUAUGUUCGAUUAACUCUUUGCUGCAUUUUUGAUUGUUCUCAUUUCUUCUAAAAUAUACCUGAUAUGAAAUAAAAAAUUAAAGAAUUUAUCACUAGUAAUUUUGUUAUUGAAUUAAUUCGAAAAUUGAGUUAAUUUAAUGACAAAGAUUAUCAAGAAUGUGUUACCUUUGCUUAACAAUUACUGAAUGAUGUAUACGGUUACUAAUUGAAAUUAAUUUGA